AUGUUAAAAUUGCACAACUGGAGGGCGCGAUUUGGUAGUAGCGAUAAUGCAUUUACAGACCUAUUAUCUUCUGUGGGUUCCUUACUUCCUGAGGAUCAUGUCUUGCCUCUUAAUGCGUACGAAGCAAAGAAAACCUUAUCUAAUUUAGGCCUUGAAUAUAUCAAAUUCCACGCAUGUCCGAAUGAGUGUGUUCUGUACAGGCGUGUAAACGAGAGUGCUUCUGAGUGUCCCAAGUGUAGUUUAUCUCGAUGGAAGCCAUGGAACCUCCGCUUAGCUUUGGCGGCAGAUGGUAUCAACCCACUUAAUAACGGUCUAACUGAUAGAUAUAGUUGUUGGCGAGUAGUUUUGAUAACUUAUAAUCUUCCUCCAUGGUUAUGCAUGAAGAGGAAGUUUGUGAUGUUAACCGUACUAGUCUCUGGUCCACAUGAGCCUGGUAAUAACAUUGAUGUCUUUCUACAACCGUUGAUUGAUGAUUUGCUGAAACUAUGGGAAGAAGGCGAGCCAAAUGUAUACGAUGCUAGUACCAAUUCUUCUUUCACUUUUAGAGCAAUGUUGUUAUGGACGAUAAAUGACUUCCCGCCAUACGGAAAUUUAUCAGGUUGCGUGAAUCAGGGGUAUAUGUCAUGUCCUGUAUGUGGUGUCGACACUGUUGCGAAAUAUUUAUCCCAUAGAAGGAAGAUGUGUUAUCAAGGUCACCGUCGCUAUUUGCCUAGGCAUCAUCCUUAUAGAAGGAAGAAAUCGGCUUUUAAUGGCGAACAAGAAUUUGGACAACCACGUCAACCCCUUUCUGGAGGACAGGUUUUAGAGCAACAAGAGCAAAUUAAAUUUACUUUUGGAAAAGAAGUAAAGAAGGCAAAGAAGAAAAAUGUGUGCGACAAUUUGAUUGGGACACUACUUAAUAUAAAGCACAAUUCCAAAGACAGUGAAGCAUCUCGUAAUGACAUGAUGGAAAUGGGGAUUAGACUUGAUUUAGCUCCGCAAGUAGGUGUAAAGAGAACUUACUUACCUACUUCUGUUUUCACUCUUACAAAGGCCGAAAUACGAAAAGUGUUGGGAUCACUAUUAUCAAUGAAACUGUCAUAUGGACACGCAUCGAAUAUUAAAAACUGUGUAUCAAUGGCUGAUGCGAAGUUGUUUGGACUCAAGUCCCAUGACUGCCACAUACUAAUUCACCAGUUGCUUCCGAUCGCAAUCCGGUCUGUACUCCCCAAAAAUGUUAGGGUUAGCAUUAUCAGGCUGUGUUUCUUUUCUAACUCUUUGUGUAAAAGGGUUGUAGACGUAUCAAAACUGGAAAAAUUGCAAGCUGAUAUGGUAUUAACAUUGUGCGAGCUAGAAAAGAUUUUUCCUCCGUCAUUUUUUGAUGUAAUGAUACAUCUCACCGUUCAUUUGGUCAGAGAAUUGCGACAAUGUGGGCUUGUUUUCUAUUGA